AAAAAAAAAAAAAAAAAAAAAAAAAAAAAAAGCGGCCAUCAAUUUUUCCAGAAGGGCCGGAGGUAGAGGGGAAAAAAGUGAUAAAAAUGGCGGACGACACGACCUACGCACCAAAGUCGCCGGACCUCUCUUCUUUUUUCUCGGCAGCACCCGCCCCGCCUACACCUCCACUGCACACUCACAGUCUGCAGCACUACCAGCAACAGCUGAGCAAGCUGCAGACCUCUCCGUCUCCCUCUGCGUCUGCUGCACCACCGCCCGUAUAUGAAUACUCCUCCCCCUCAGCACGCAUUCACCACCCAAGCCAGUCAUCUUUUACUCCUGUUCACAUCAAACAAGAGCAGCCCCACUUUCCAUCACCAGCGGCAAUCAAAACGGAAUUCUCUUCCUAUCAGCCACCGCUACAACCCCACCACCACCACCAAGGUCAGCACCAGCACCAGUACCAACCGCUUCAGCAGCAACAGCAGCACCAACACCAACAGCAUUACCUGUCGCCUCAAUACCACCACCAGUCGCCGCCACACAACCACCCAUCUCCGCAACAUCCCCCACCACAUAUGCAAAGCGCGUAUGGGAUACAGCCCGUUCUCAAUUAUCAGGAACAGCAACCUCAUCAGCCCAAAACACCUCAAAGCCAAGGAUUUCUAGACCAGAAAAACUUUGGCGGACCACCCCAAUUACACGAUAUCCCCUACAACCCGGAUACACAACAUCUACCACAAACACCCGCUUCAGCAACCAUGCCUCCCAGAAAGAACACAAAGCAGGCUGACUCGCCACCUCCAAUUGAUCCUUCACCCGUUCGGACAAAGUUCCCCACAGCUAGGAUAAAGCGUAUCAUGCAGGCUGAUGAGGAGGUUGGCAAGGUCGCCCAGCAGACUCCCAUUGCUGUUGGCAAGGCCCUCGAGAUGUUCAUGAUUGCUGUCGUCAGUCGAAGUGCCGAAAUCGCACGGGAGAAGAACUCCAAGCGUGUCACGGCUCAGAUGCUCAAGCAAGUCAUCGAGACAGAUGGUCAGUAUGACUUCUUGGCCGACAUUGCCGCAAAGGUUGGCGACGAAGAGAAGAGAGGCGGCCGCUCCAAGGCCGAGUCGUCAAGCGACGAGGAAAUGGAAGUUGAGACGAAGAAGAAGGGCAAGGGUGGCCGUAAGAAGAAGGCUGCUGCAUGAGUUCUCUCAUAUUCAGCUUGGGUCUUGGGGUGAGGGGAGGGGAGGGAAACUUCCCAUGAUGAGAAAUAUGACAAAGGGUUAUGAGGAUUGGCGUUGGACUGGCUAGCAUCUACAUCGGCGUUGGGUGACACGGCGAUAAACUCGUCGAGCCGCACCUGGGGGGAAAUAUUACAUGGUUUACCUUAUGGAAAGGAGGAACAAGCGCUGCUUCCUCGACUUGCAUGCCAUGGACGGCUUGUCUUUCUAUAUGCGCUUCGAGCAUGUCUUGGACAAGCCUUCUUACGAUUUUAGAAUGAAAGCAUUUUAUCAAUUGCACACCUUUCCUCUCAUAAUGCAUAUGGGAUGAUGAUGAUGAGCCGCGCCGAGGAGCGUCUUGCUGAGGUAGGUACCUUCACCAGGGGACGUCUCAUGUGGAACUCACUUUCAACUCACUCAAAGACACCCUGCUCAUAGUCAUAUGAGGCG